UUUAGCUUUCAAAUUCAAAUGUCUGUCAUAAAAAAAUCAACAACGGUUGUCGUGGUUACAGUUUGUUUAUAUCGGAAAUCUUUGAAUUAAUCCGAAUUUAACAGAAAACACAUUAUUAAAAAAGUAUUUAUAUACAAUGGAUUCAGUAACAAGUACAGACAAUGUGUGUAUGGACAUAAAAAUGACCCAAGAGAACAUGUUGCUUGAAAUAAUACGAGAAGUGUGUAGUGAAAAUAAUAAAUUGUCUGAUAAACUGAAGGGCAAAGUGAACAGGAUUAUUGCUGACUGCGACCUCUCAUAUUAUUCUAGUCUACACAGGCUGAGUACGGGGGAUGAGAGCACUGCUACAGUAUUAGGUUUCAUGCACCAAACAGCAGCAGAGCUAACAUUUGAUGAGCAGUCCGAAUUCAACCAAGCAGUGCUUCACAAAAUACAAACAAAACUCCCCGCAUUAACAGCAGAGCUAGAACAUUUAAAACAAUCAACUACCAGUAAGAAACCUCUAAGUGAGGAAAAGAAGGAACUUCAAGAUAGUAUUGAUGAGAAACUAAGUACUCUCGAAGAGCAGGAGAGUGAGAAAGUGGAGUUGAUGAUGGAGUGGCUCAACCAUAGGCUCCGAGAUGUUACGAAGUUCAGUCAUGAUUCCAGUGAGCUUUUGACUUUGAAGACUAAGAUUCUGGAUUUGAAAUCUAAAAUUCUUCACCUACAAAUACUGCAGAAUAUCUUCACUGAAACAAACCAGUCUAUCAAAGCGUAUGGUGAGAUACACAAGGAUAUGAAAGACGCCAUUAAAGAGACUGAACUGAGGAUCAAAAACUUCAGAAGUAUCAUAGACAGCGAUGCAUAAUAGUUAACAGUACAAAAACAUAUGAGAACUAUAGGGUGGUUCGUCAUUGGAUCAUUGUAGAAUUUGGUGACUGUAGUUCUCGCCAAAUAUCUUUGCGUUUUUGAAGUUAGCCUUUGACGCCUUGCGCGUUUCUUCAUACAGAGCAUAUCGACAGCCUUUACUUGAAAGAAACAGGCUAUUAACAUCUCAAUUGUAAAAAAAUAACCAAACAGCACCUACUGUAUGUGUGAGUUUUCCAAUGCCUAACUUCAGAAAUGCAAAGUUAUUUGGCAAGAACUAUUUUCGCUUACAGCUAAAAAAGUGUAGGUAGGUGUAGGUGUCUAUACCACCAUGCACUUGGUUGGUUCACAAUACAACCGACUUUUGGGUGUUCGAAGAUUGUUUUUCUGUGUUCAUGCCAAUGUAACAUGGGCCUAUCCACGACGCACAAACUAGUCGUUAUUAUUUUAAGAUGGAUGAUUCUAUUUUAUCAUAUAUCAAAACAAAAUUAACUGGCUCGACUAUUUAUUAAAAGCUCUAUACAUCUUUUUGUCAUACGAAGAUUUCAAUAUGCUCUCGUAACUUAAUUCAGUUUAAAAAAUACGGACUACGUAAAUUAUUCUUUACCUGCGAAGACAGGGAUUUAUUUGUUUUUGUUAAUUAUUGUUUCUAAUAUUUCGUAAUAAAUGCCGUUUAUUAAUUCAUCAUGGAA